UACACACACACACACUCCAUUGAUACAGUAAUAGUAGUAGCUAGCUCACUGAUGAAAAAGAGCGUGGAAAUGUGGCAAGAGAUGAUGACGAAGGAAGACUCAGAAGAGGAAGAAAUUGAGAGAUUAUUUAUGGGUGUUAUGGGAGGAUAUAAAGAUGCUUUCAUGCCUCCAUUGACGGAUUUUUCCGCCAUGAAUGAGAUUGGUUCAAGCUUAUCCUAUGGGAAUAAGAAGCAGAGAAAAGAAGUUCCUAUUGCUAAUGAUGGAAUACAUAAGGAACGUAACAGAAGAGGGAAAAUGGCUGAGAUGUAUUCUCUGCUUCAAUCCUUGGUCCCUACUAUCUCCCACAUCCAUAAGGCGACGAGGGAGAAGAUUGUGGCAGAAUCUACAGAUUACAUUAAACGUCUUGAGGAAGAAAUAUCGAGGUUGAAGAAUCUGAAGAAGUCAUUGUUGGUGUACAAUCCAGCUCUGACUCAAUGCAGAAACAGGGUUUCCUCUGUUAAUGUCACUGUUUCGAAAGGAUUAGCAUUUUUGGGGAUCCAAUUUCAGCUCACACAAGGACUGAUGACCAACAUCUUCUCCGUUCUUGACAAGCAUCAGGCUGAGGUUUUGGCUGCUAAUAUCUCUGUAAGUGACCAUCAGCUAAUGACAUUGACAAUCACAGUAAUGAUAGGAAACAAUGAAGGUGAUACCGUAGAGAAUAUUAGGAGAGAAUUGCUUCUUUUUUAGAAAUGGUAUUCUUAUUUAUAGGCAUUGGUUGAUGGAUGAUUUAAUAUCAUCAAGUUUUUCGAUAUCUUUUUUGUCACAUUGCUGAUUAUGUACAAGUCAUUAUUUUAAGAAAAUGCAUACAAAUAGUUCAACAGAUGUAUUAGAUUGUAUUAAAAAA